UUUGACGCGACCUGGAUUCUGCUUUGCGUUUCAAUGGCACAGCAUCUGAAUUACCUUGAGGUUGCCCUCACGCAAGAAAAUACACCUGUUACAUACAGAACGCUGUCUAGAAAAGCAAAUAUUAACGUGACGGCCGCCAAAAAGCUUCUAUAUCAGUUUGUAUCCACUACAAAGCAUAAUGUGAGCGCGACAUAUUGCGUCUCGGGUGAAGGUCUGACUAGCAUUCCCGGUAAUGAACCAACACAGACAAUUCGUCUUGUUGAUGCCGAGGAUCUUGAAGAGGCUCGCAAGCAAUUUAAAUAUAUAACUGGCGUGCAUAUUUACAGCGUCCAACCAUCCAAGUUAAAGGACCACUCUGUAUUAGUGACCGCUAGUAGCGAUCUUCCAACUUAUUCAUUGGCAGACCUGCCUCGAUUAGGGGUCAUAAGAGACAAUAGCAUCACGACAUCAGAAUCACGGCCGGCCGCACCACCACCGUCAUCGUAUCCCAAGGCAGCAGCCGCAAACAAGCCAGCCAGUGUUCCUACGCAGGCAGCAAAACCGACAGCAUCUAAAGUACAAACCAAAGCACAAACGAAUCAGGAAAAGGCAAACCAAAACAAAUCUGAGCAAAGGAACGUAGCAUCCUUAUUUAGUGCUGCUGCUGCAAAGAAAGUUAAAUCAGUUGCCAAACCAAAACCAAUUGCUCAACCGGCACCAGUGACAGAAUCUGCGCCGGCUAAAUCAAAGAAUGUAAAGAAAAUUCAGUCGGAUAGUGAAGAAGAGGAGGAUGAUGAGGAAAUGGAUAGGCGCUUGGCAGCGUCUUCAAGACAAGCGGAGUCGGUAGAAGAUUUCUGGAAGGAUGAUGAGGUUGAUCCAGUUAGCCCCAGCAAGACAAUUUCGGCAAAGGAAGCUGAUGGUGAAGCUACGCCGAUCAACCAACCCAAUGAGACAGACCAAGAUAUAGCAGAGGUGACAGUAACGAAACCAGCAGACGACGACGUGCAGGCACCUCGAGAGCGACGUAGACUGAAACGCAAAGUACUGAAGAAAAAGCAUUAUAAAGACGAAUCGGGUUACUUGGUCACUGAUGAUGUAUACGAAUGGGAGAGUUAUAGUGAAGACGAGACGACUGAACCCGUUCUUAAACGAAAGGCUCCACCUGCCUCUCCUUCCAAAAACGACAGCAAGAAGAGUGCAAAGAAGGGAAGCGCUGCUGAUCAAAAGAGUCUUCUGAGCUUUUGGGGGAAAAGAUAGAUAUGGGAUAUAGCGCUGUGAAUGCUUACGAUCAUCAAAAAAAAAAUUCGAUGAGAUUGUAAACGAGUCUC